UCGUUUCCAUUCGACAUCAUUUCCAUUCGGAACGCCUUCUGGUUCAGAACGUGAUGGCGUUUCUUCAACUGUUUCGAAAGUACCGCAAUGAGUACUGGGCCACGCUGGCUGCGACCCUGUCGAUCCAAAUGGUGGUCUUGACUAAUGCGUGGUCUUCACCGGCCAUUCCCAAGCUGAUGGAGGACGAUUCCCCGAUUCCAAUCACGGCUGACGAAGGAUCGUGGGUGGUGGCCAUCCAGGCCAUCGGAGCAGUAUUUGGACCACUCAUCACCAGUGCGGGCGUCGAUCGAAUCGGACGGAAGUGGACACUGCUCAGUACGGCUAUACCCGUGGUGACCGGUUGGGUGUUGGUCGGCGUGGGGGAUUCUGUUGGGUAUUUGUACGCGGCUAGAUUUCUGUUUGGAGUUGCAUAUGGAACGGCCUACUCGGUAUUGCCAAUCUAUCUGGGAGAGAUAGCUUCGGACGCGAUUCGAGGAUCGGCCGGGACCAUGAUUACCGUAUUGGCCAAGAAGGGAUUCUUGGUGGUGUACUGCAUUGGACCGUACCUAGAGUAUAAGACUUUGGCUUGGGUUCUGAUGUUCGGUCCCGCAAUAUUCUUGCUAUGUUUUGUGUGGAUGCCAGAGUCCCCAUAUUACCUGCUAGGGAAGAACAAAGACGAGCAAGCGGAAAAGAGUCUGGCCUGGUUUCGCCGGUCGACGAAGGUUUCCGAGGAGCUCGCCAUAAUGAAGGCUUCCGUUGAACGGUCCAAUCAAGAAAAGGGGUCGUUUAAGGAACUGUUGAACCCAGUUUAUCGCAACAAUAUGCGAAUUGUGUUCAUACUCGUAUUCAGCAUGCAGUUCACUGGAAUCCUUGCAAUUCUGGGAUAUGCACAGACUAUUUUUGAAAAGAUACCUACAAACAUGAAACCGGAAGAGAUGUCGAUCGUGUUGGGAGCCGUUCAACUGAAAGCCGUGCUUGUUCCAGCUAUACUCGUUGAUCGUAUGGGCCGUCGUCCUCUGCUGCUGCUAUCAACAGCCGGCACCACCCUGGGGCUGCUGGUGUGCAGCAUUUACUUUGCCAUCGCUGACGAUGACUACCGAGGAAAUCUCGGCUGGAUUGCAUUCAUCGCGCUGCUAUUCUAUAUAGUAUCCUUCGGCAUGGGCUUGGCCACCGUGUCGUUUGCCGUUCUAACGGAACUGUUCCCCAAGAAUAUUAGGGCCCAUGCUAAUGCCACAUUUUCCAUAUCCAGUGCACUGGUCGUGUUUGUGAUUGUGAAACUGUUCCAGAUGGCCUUGGAUAACGUCGGUCCGUAUCUUCCGUUUGGCGUUUUUGCUCUGAGUGGGGCGAUUGGGUUCGUGCUGAUUUACAUUUACAUUCCGGAGACGAAGGGUAAAUCUUUGGAUGAAGUCCAGCGGAUAGUGGCGGGAGUGCGCGAGAAAUCGUAA